UAUAAAAUAUAUUAUACCGAUUAGCAUAAUAUUGGUUGUUUUAACUUUCCGGCAAAUUUUUAAUUAUUAAUACAAUAUGAUUCCGUCGAUAAGGAAGUUCAUGGACGACAAGACUUUUCUAAAAGACGAUAAUCGCAGAGCCGCAGGUGGUAAGGUUCGUGUCUCGUCCCCCGAUGUGGACGACAUGAAUAAGAAAGUCAAUAAAAGUACUGCCGUCGCACUACAACGCGAUUUGGACAAGCCACCAUCUCCGAGCGUAAAUGCAAAGGACUACCAGCGACUGCAGAUCUAUCGAGUGGCAGGUCCGUCUACAGGUGGUUCCCGUCGAUAUCAGUCAUCCUCGAGGAUCGAAAGCCUGGCCAAGCCGGUGGCUCGGUUGCGAAAACCGAAUAUUCGGCUGAGUACCGUUUUCCGGGGAGUUGACCACCAGUUUCCGUGGUGCAAAAAGGGCCCAAACGUUCCCAAUGAAAAGACUCAAGUAGCGUGGAGUCAACUACCUCCAUUACCAACAACGAACAAAACAGGGGUGUCACGUGCUGCUCUGAAGUACGAGGCAUCGGAGCACAUUAAACGAUUGGCCAAGCCACGUCCAAAGGCGAAAGUGGACGACGAAAAGAAGUGCUUCAUGGUGAAGCCAUUGUCGCUUAUUUACAAGCCGUCGCUCCGUAUCCAACAGCUCUCCAAGCCCCGGAUUCGGGAGGAUGACCGAUAACGACGGUAACCACCUGUAGACGGACCUGCCACUUGAUAGAUCUGCAGUCGCUGGUAGUCCUUUUCAUUUACGCUCGGAGAUGGUUGCUUGUCCAAAUCGCGUUGUAGGGCGACGGCAGUACUUUUAUUCACUUUAUUAUUCAUGUCGUCCACAUCGGGGAAUGAUAAACGAACCUUACCACCGGCAACUCUGCGAUUACCGCCUUGUAGAAAAGUCUUGUCGAUCGUGAGCUUCAUUAAAUACCGGAAAAGAUUCUUCCAAAACAUUUAUUGUUUGGGAAAUUGUAAAUCGUAUCUGUGUUGUAAUAUGU